AUGACGUAAGUCGCUUGCCGCGCAGUGAUGAUGGCGGUGCGUGAACGCGCAGUAAAAGUAAUGGCUGCUGUGGAUCGGCGGGUGCCUAGCCUCGAUGAUUUCGUGGGUCAGAGCUGGAGCGCCUGGGCCGAGCGGACCGGCGUGACAGCGGCGGACGGGCCCGAUGUGGAAGACUGCAGCAAGAAUGGCAAGAAGGCUGCCGAGGCCAUGUCGCUCAGCAAAGAGGACAUGUCCAUCUUCGGCCACUACCCGGGUCACGACGACUUCUACCUGGUGGUGUGCAGCCACUGCGGCCAGGUGGUCAAGCCGCAGGCCUUCGAGAAGCACUGCGAGCGGCGCCACGGGCCCCUGGCCAAGCUGUACGCCCGGCUGCGCUCGCCCACGCCGGCCCCCCAGCCCCAGCAAAGGCCUCGCCACGGCCACUCGCCCUCCCACGGGACCAGCGCCGCCUCCGCCUCCUCCUGGGAGGGACGGGGGCAAGGGGUGGGGCCACCGAGGUCCGCCCCGCCCUCCCCCUCCACCCCACCUCAGUACAGACACUCCAAGAGCUCUAAGGACGGAGUACGACACUCCCCGCUGGAGAAGUCGUCCCACAGCGGCCACUCGGAGUCGUCUGUCUUCAAGCCGCCGCCGCCCCUGGAGCCUCCGAUGAGCUCCCCGCCUCCCUCCCUCAGAGACCCCCCCUGGCCCCACGGAGGCACGCCGCCCGGCCGGCCCUCCCCCAGCGACAGACCCCCCACCCAGAGGAAGGACUCGCCUCUGAGCACCGGGGUCCCAGGCCACCGCAUCCCCAGACCCUACAACAAAGUGGCCUCCAGGAGAGAGUGUGACCUUGACAAACACUGCGGCGUCCUCGACCCUGACAGGAAGAAAGUCUGCACUCGCCUCCUGACCUGCAAUAUCCACUCCAUCCACCAGCGGAGGAAGGUGGUCGGCCGCAGUAAGAACUUUGACCAGCUGGUGGCGGAGCUGAAGACCAAGGUCCGGGAGAAGGGGGCCCAAUCCCUGGAGGGAGGCCCCUCUGCCGGACGAUCCCCGAGCCCAGAGGCCCCCAGGGAGCCGGCGGGGGCCCCGCACUGCAGGAGACCGCUGGCCAGCCUCCCGGCCUUCAGUCGGCCCAGAGCGCCAUCGGAAAGCGCCCCGGAGGAGGAGAAACAGCGGCUGGACGAGGGAGGCCCCCGCGCCGCCUCGCCACUCGUCCACGGGCGAAUCUCCAGCGACGAGAGCGAGGGAGAAGGACUGGAGGACACCGUCGAAUUCCCGUCUUCUGUGUCGCAUCCCAGACCUCUGGCGAUGUGUUCGUUCGGCAGCCGCGCGGUCGGUCACGGCGUCUACACGUUCGACAGGAGGCUUCACCACCUGAGGUCGGCGCUCAGCAGCAUGCUGGAGCAGCACAUCAGCGCCCACCUCUGGAAGAAAAUACCUCAAGCCACAGACCUUCAGUCUCAGAGUCCCGCAGCCAAGACCAUCAGCUCCUCCCCCUCCUCUUCCUCUUCACCACAUUCUAAGGUCCGCACUGGAAGUCACAUCAGCUCCUCCCUCAAAGCUUCCUCCUCCUCCUCCUCCUCCUCCAGUCGCGGGCCAGGGAGACCCCAGGCUGCUGGUCAAGUGGAGAACUCGGGGAGCGGCGGCGGCGGCGGGGGUGGAGCCAGCGGCGGUCAUCUGGUGUCUGCAGCGAAAGUGGCGGCGGGCCGUCAGGUUGGCCCCGGGCGGCCCAAGAACCCGGUGGGACGUCCCAGCAAGCAGAUGCUGAAGCUGCGGGAGGAAGCCGCCGCCGCCGCCGCCCUGCGCAAACGCAAGGCGCCGUGCCAGGAGGGGGAGCACUCGGGCCCCGACAGGAACUGCAUCAUCCUCCAGGACCGGGGCCGCCCACCCUCUACCACCUCCUCCUCCUCCGCUAAGGUGGCAGCCCCCUCACCCCUCCCACACGGACAGACCAACGGGACGCUCUCCCCCGGGAGCAAGCCCCGCCCCCAGCCCUCCCCCUCGGAGUCCCAUUCGCCGGCUGCCACGGCGGUGUGGACCUACAGACGGACACACCUUCCUCCUCCUCCCCCUCCACCACCUCCAGGCCACUCGUCCCCCCCCGACCCCUCCUCUGCCUCCACCAACUCCCACGGCCGGGGGGGCGGGGGCGACUCAGGACUGCACGGGCGGGGCAGCGGGAGGGGCUUUGAGCACAGGGGGCUGGUGAAGAAACGCAAGGGGGGCGACAACGGGGAGCACUCGCCCCCCUCCAAGCCCUCAGCGCACCGCCUGCCCUCCUCCACCUCUUCUUCCUCCUCCUCCUCCUCUUCCUCCUCUCCUCGCUCCAACUUCUACCCCUGGAAGGACAGUAAAGGCGGGGCGCUGGCUGGGGGGGGGGAGAAGAAACUGGGCACACAGAAGCCAAAACUGCACCAUUAAGUGUGCCUGCCUUACAAGCCACUAUGAGGGAGCCAGCUCUGCUCAGUCUUAAGACUGUGGCAACAGGACUCAACACGUGUUCUGUGUGAGUGUGAGUGUGUGUGUGUGUGUGUGUGAGUGUGUGAGAGAGAGGGUGUGUGUCAGGUUGUGUUUGUUUGGAAUCAGACCUGUGUGUGUGUGUGUCUGUCAGUGUUUUGUCAGGAUGAAUGUCUGAGGGAGAAACAAACGGGUGGGUGGGGAAACGAGUUUCGGUGUAUGGAUUUAGAAAUACCUCAAGACCAUCCGGUUAUGCUGCUAAAUGAAAUAU